GUCAGGAUAUGGUACUCGGUUCACAUUUACUAAAUUAUCAAGUUUUGUAUAAGUAUUUGGGUACCAUAUGCAAUGCAAUCUGGGCUACGGGCAUUCCAGGGUAAUUCAAGGGCGAAAACGAAAGUAGAGACGAAAGUAGGUCCAAAGUUUGAGUUGGUGGCUACAGGCACAUUAAAUCUACAGGAUGUAGAUGAUGUGGUUAGAACUUUUGAUCUCAAAUUAGAAGAACAACCAGAUGGCUUGCAUUGUGAGUUGUCGUUGUUUGGCCAUUACUGCUGUGGUCUUGCCGCACUACCUCACUGUCUUGUACAGCCAGUAGUUACUGGCUACCUCAAUUUAUAUGAGGAGGAUGAUCUGUCAAAGUGGAAGAGGUAUUGGUGUGUCUUGAAGAAUCUACAGUUGUCGUGCUGGUCUGCCCCAGAUGAUGUAGAAGUUACUGCUCCCCUAGUCACUAUACAGGUCACAAAGAAUACUCAGAUCAGUGAAGCUGACCCGAGAUCUAUAGAGCGUGCUCACACAUUCCAAAUAGAGAUAUUAAGUGAGAGAUACUUGUCUGAGACUACGUUAGCAGCCGAUAACAAGGAACAGAUGAACAUGUGGUGGGACGGUCUUCAACAGCAUUUACUUGAUCAAGCAUUUUGGAAACAUGCAUGUGAAUAUGUGAUGGAUGUACGACGAGCUCUGAGUAACAGAAAGUCUAUGAUCAUGGGACGUAAAACGUCAAUAUAUGAUGACACACCGCUUGCAGGACCCACACGUCUUUCAGAUGAGUUGAAAGUAGAAGAUGACAAAUUGAGUCAGAUGUUGCACACGCUAAUGGGCGAAGCCAAAGAGAUAUAUAGCGGCAGCAUUAAAUCCACGUCCUCCUCAAGUUCUGGUAGUCUGAGAUCUACGUCUUUGAGUUGACGGUGAAUUCCCACAGACUCAGAUAUACUUUUGUCAGCCAAAAUGUGCUAAUGUUAAAUUUGUCAGGCAUUCGGAAUUGUCAGUCAUUCUGAUAUGACAAAUCACAAUCUUCAAGAUUAAUUGUUAUCAGUUUAUUGUCAGCUGGUAGAAACAGAGUUAUUGUCAGGGUGAUGGAUUAUUGUCAGGCAUGUGAAGUUGAUUGUCAGGAAAUAAACCUUUCAGAGGAAUACUUGUCAGUCAGUUGUCAGCCACUAGAAACUGAUGGUUUAUAUUCAGGCUGAUGAAUCUACACCAUGCUGGUGAAUUUGUUGUCAGCUUAUUUAACAAAGGAGCUGCAGCUUCCUUGGAAUAGGUAUAUACAAAAUGACAUACGCGGCUUGUUGCAGAGAUAGGGAAUUUCUCGGCAACUUUUAUGGAAGCUUUUCUGGAAGCAGAUUCCCGUAUGUGGCUUGUCACCUUUCAUGUUCAGAGAGACAGCUCAGUGCAUUCUGGAGGAAUUUUUAGAAAUAUAACUUUUAAUAAUUGUGUCACACAUAAAUGACUUGACAUUAGUAAUUCACUCUCAUAAAAUGACAGCAAGUAUGAGACUUUUCAAAGGGCAUUUUUUUUUUGGACUGAAAAAUGUGUUUAAACUGUGCCAGUAAAAUAGAAAAAAAUACUUAUCAGUUUUCAAGGAACUGUUAUUUGAAAUGUGCAUUGUUUAAAAUAAUUUUGGCAAGAAAAAUGAUCUAGGUGACUAGAUUUACUGUCAAAUGACUAAUGAAUUCAGUGUUAUUUAGAUAUGCUUGUUUUGUAUUACAGACAUUAAAAUCUGCUUUAGGUACUGGGAAAGUUAAAAAAAUGUGCAUACUGUUUUAAAGAAUACUUUUUGAACAUCUAAAAUUAAGCCUGUUGAAAACUGUCUCAAAACAAAGGUAUGAAUGUUGAAAUAUUACCUGUAUUGAAAGUUACAUAAACAGUAUAUUUUAUAUAUAUUAUAUAUA